GAUUCUCUUUAGUAAUACUUGUGUCUGCUAGAUUCGGCUGCAUGGUGUUCAUUUUGUGAAAGAUUUGACCGCAUUAUUCUGUUGUCCGAUGUUCUGAAGGUUUGCAGUCCGUACGUCCCUGGAAUCAGCUAUCCAAAGUCUCCAGCAUAAGUACUAGAACGAACACGGAAUGAAUGCAGAGUGAAGAACUACCGGAAUAGAUACGGCAUAGAUCAGGAUGACGUCAUUACACCUACCUCUCUUGCCCCCUCUCGUGUUGCUAAUGGCUACAACGGUACUCAUGUUAGACUUAUGUGACCUGCCUCGAGUACCGUCCGAUGUUACAUUCAAUAUCACGUAUCGAACGAGAAAUAUCACCAGUGGUCAACCGGGAGACAGAGAAGGAACAUAUCAACUUGAAGCUCUGGUAGACUGGACAAAUUUCAACUCAUCAAGAUUGGCAGACUUUGAUCGAGUAUCGGGAUACGCAGUUCGAUUGGUGAAAAAUGGCGUCCGGGACAAGUUGGAGUUCAAAUGCGUUAAACAUUUUGCUGAUUAUCAAUAUACGUCUACCCAGUCAUUCAGAUUCCAGAACCUCAGUUAUGGAUUCAAUCACCAAUUUCGGAUACGGACAGCUAACAUUACAACAUAUAAUACCGGGGUGAAGAUUCGAAGAGAGGACAUAUUAACACCAGAUUGCUUUGAAGAAACUGGAGAUGAAGAAUUUUGCAUCGACCAACCCGUCGAGUUUACCAGCAAACCACGUGACCUGGCGAUCGACUGCUCAGAGGUGGAUCACGAUAACAAUGUAUCAGUGGUAUCACUGAGCUGGUUGCCUCCUCUACAGAUCAACGGUAAUCUCUCAUGCUUCAGGGUGACCUAUGAACCCGUCAACGAGACCAGUAUUGUUCGAUCAGUUCAAUCAAUCAGGAAGGUGGAUAUUGACCAUAACGAAUGGAAUGAGAGUCUCUCUUUUCGUUUCAAUUACACGAUAACAGAUCUUGUUUAUGGAGUGAUCUAUGAUAUAUCGGUAGUGCCCUGGCUUGAUGGGAGGAUCUCUAGGUCGUCACCGUACGUUGCAGAGAUCAUCUUUGACACAGCUUCUCAAGAGCGACCCUGCAGUGUCUCAUCGUCUCUGGUACCAUCGCUAACUGGCGCACCCUCCAUCAAACCAAACAGGAUCAGGGUGGAGCCCGCCCUCUUGGCUGGGGUUCUAGGUGCGACCCUCGUGCUUAUCGUGGUCGUCGGUUCCUUCACGUACUUAAACAGACGUCGUCUCUCAUCCAAUGAGAAGGCUGUAUUUGUCAGGUACCCGGAUGAAAUCAGCACCACUUACUCGUGUUCCAUCAAGAAAGAUACCUACAAUGUCUCUCAGGGUCUUGACCCGGAAGUAGAACCAGUCUUUGAGAAGAUGGAGUUCGACCGAUCCCUGCUCAAGAUUGAGGAGAUCCUUGGCAGUGGCCAGUUCGGCACGGUCUACAAAGGUUUCGCUUAUGGGAUUGACGGGAAGGAGAAGUACGUACCAGUCGCAGUCAAGAGCCUCAGGGAGAACGCGACGAGAUCGAUGAAGGAGGACUUCCUGGAGGAGAUCAAGCUCAUUGUCGAGAUCGGCAACCAUCCCAACAUCUUACCCAUCCUUGGAUGCUGUACAGCUGAUGAACCUCACUAUCUCAUCACAGAACUCAUGGACUAUGGUGAUCUCCUUCACUUUCUAUGGAAAUGCAGAGAGGAGAAGAAUGCUGUCAAUGAUCCUAUCUAUAAACUGACACCGACCGGGCAACUUCAGAUUGCAAUUCAGAUUGCGAGGGGAAUGGAGUACCUCUCGACAACUCUGUAUUACCAUGGUGAUUUGGCUGCGAGGAAUGUUCUGGUUGGUAAGGGGCUUAUCUGCAAGAUCUCUGAUUUCGGGCUAGCAGACGACAUCUAUCAGAGAGGUUAUAAACGAUUGGCGCCAGAAAGGAAGCGACCGGUUAAGUGGGUCAGUUUGGAGACCAACACGCAAGGAAAAUGCAGCAUCCAGAGCGAUGUGUGGUCCUUUGGCAUCGUUCUGUAUGAGAUCUAUACCUUGGGCGGGGUACCCUACCCCGGCAUGGAUGGUCGCUAUGUCAUAUCAAAGCUUCAGCAAGGUUACCGAAUGGAAAGGACUAGCACGUGCCCAGAAGAGAUCUACGAGAUAAUGAGGAGCUGCUGGCAUGAGCAUUCCCACCACCGACCCACCUUCACCGUCAUGUAUAACACUUUAGACGCCAUGUUGACGCAGAACGUAGACUACUUGACAGAGCUCGAGACCGAUUUCACACACUAUGAAUUCGUGCCUUGCCAGGAGGUUGAUACAUGCUCUACGACAUGGGAAGAGAACGAAACGACUGGGAAAGGAGACCACGGGCUACUCUCGCCUCCUCAUUUGGGAAAAGAUUGCAAAUUUGAGAAUGCAGCUUUUUCUUCGUCAUACUAACAAGGACUAACACUAACCAUGCUUUGAUCGAAAGGCCCAGACGUACUCAUCAGGGCAACAGAUCAGCCACGAUUCUGCAUUUUCCGAGAGCAGCGCCCUCUCCGGCGAACCCAACGAACUCGGUUUAUGGUGGCACUGGACGGUGGGCCUCCAUGAAAAGACAAACACGUCUUUAAAUGCGCCAUGUUUUCCUUCAAUGGAGUUUAUACCUAUCAUGGAUUACGAUACGGAUUCAAUACAUAGUACAGACAGUGCAUGUUCAAUGGAGUUUAUACGUUUUGUGGAUUACGAUACGGAUUCAGUUUGUAGUACUGACAGUACAUGUGCUGCUGAUAGCAUGAGGACUACAAGCUAGUGUUCUAGGUGAUUUGAAAGUACCUGACUACUUUGGGAAGUACUCUAGUGAUUUCCAAUUCCAUCAACAGGAAAGGGCGAGCAACAUCAGACGCUUUGAUAUAACUGACGCUGAUUAUCAUCACGAAAAUCUUCUUGGACCAAGAUAUUUUUAUACGAAGUCGUAUCAAAGCCUUUGUGCUUUCCAUCAGCUGCUUAUUUUAGUGUAAUAUAACUCUAUUUUGUGCAAUUAAACCCGGCUGCUUGAAACUGAUAACAAGAUGACCGUAUUCUGGAAAUGUCAGAUUGAUUGAUUGAUUUUUGUUUGAUGCUCAAACGUCAUGUAGCAUACAGGUGGACGAAGAGGGCGUUGUAUGUUUUACAUAUUUUUUAUUCAUUCCUAUAAGUCACAAAUGAUAAAGUUGUAUUUUUAUAUUACUUCCUUUCGACUUAGCGUGGAAAUUGGGUAUUUUCUAUCUCCUGGAUAUUAUCAGGGAUGAUUUAUUAGCAAAUUAGUGAAUUUUUUAUUUUCAUUAUCAGAGAGUUAAGAUUCAGUUUGUAUGUACCAACUAUGGAAAAUAGUUUUAUAAUAAACUUCUUGUAUUCAUUUGACAUACCCACCUUGUCCUUGCAGAAAUAGUGCACCGAAAUCAUUACAUCUUUUUAUACGAAUGAAAUAAUCAUAAUAGUCGGAUGAAGAUAAUUAUACUUCUUGUCAGACUGGGCAUCUGUUAGUGUAUUUUGUAGAUUGAACACAAAGAAAGUUUUUAUCUUAGAGACGAUCACUUGCUUAUGCUCUACUAUAGCCUUUAAAGAAAUAUUAUUUCCCUUUAUCAAUAUCAUAUUUUGAAUGUUAGAAUAAUGUUUCUGUAUGCUCUAUUCCAUGAGAAGGAAAACUAUUAUGAUUACAAUCCUGUUUUAAUUUAUUAUUCAAAAGGAUUUCAGCGUAGAAGCCAUUGAAUCAGCUUUUUUUAUAACUUAAAAAAUUAGUUUAAUCGUAAAGGUCGUUUAAAUAUAUACCUCUUUACAUGUAAUAUUCCAUAAUUCUGGAAGUAAAUUGUUGUCUAGUUUCUACAUUUAAUCCAUUAUGCUUAUAAUCAUAUACUAUAUCACAUACUAGUUCAAACAAAAACAAAGAAUAAAUUGUAAUCAACAAUUCAUAUAUGAUUAUUGUUAAAUGAAUGUAACUGUUUUUUCUAUAGUAAUGUCCCUUUAAAUGAGUAACAAGCAGUAUGGUCUAGCCUAGAAUAUAUUUCCAACAAUCAUCUUCAUCUGGAGAGCGGUAACAUAGUGAUAGCCCUUUCUAAAGGCUCAUUUUUGCUCACGUACGCUCUUCUGACUAACAGUUUUCCCGCUUGACAUAUCCCAUAUCCAAAUUUGAGACCUGCAUGAACACAGCCUAUAAGAUUUAUGGCAAUGACAAUAAAGAUGAGAACGACAUCAACGACUGGACCAAACGUGACAUGAUUGACUGCCUAAAAUUAAAAUAAUAAUAGUAGUGGGUUCUUGUUGUAGCGUUCAUGUCUUUCAAAUUUAACACUCCUGACGAUCCUCAAGUAUUAACUCGCAAUUAUUACCCCGGCUUUAAGCAUGGCUGCCAUUAUAUGCUGCAAUUUUAAUUCAAGGAAUUAAUUCCUGCCAUGUACCAAUUAACCUUACCUAGGUCGAGUGAGGCAAAUGUAGAUGGAUGUAUUGCCAACCGCGAACCAUCCACUCUCAGGUGACGCAUCCACUGGACCACGACACCUUAAUAUAAAUAACACACAAUGACAAUGAACUACGACCAAGACUACCGUUGUUGGCAGAUUAAAAGAAUACAUAGGGCCUAUAUAUUUUCUUAUUGUUCUUUUUUUUUCCUUUUUAGACUAAAAAUAUAGUAUUUACCUUGGAAAUGUCAACCACAUUACUUAUCGAAAACCUUUGAUGAUGUUUAAGUUUACAUGGUUCAAUUCAAUGGACAGGAUGUUUAAAUAAAAUACAAUCAGUUGCAUUAGCUUACACUAACGUGCCACAUCAACUGACAUCAACCCUAUAUGAUAUGUUCUCUCUUUGACGGACUCGGACAAACUACAUUACUGUGAAUGACUAUAGAAAGACUAUAGAAAAUCUGUCCAGAUACAGCGCCCAGUCGACUGACGGUUUAUUUCCCCGAUUCUGGAUGAAGGUGUAGGGGGAGAUUCUACCUGCAAUCGCAAGUUCGCAACAAAUACGAUAAACAUGUAAUUACCCUUAAAGCUUUCAUUUUUGUAACCAUUCAAUUGCAUACUACAUGGACAUGUUAGAUCUAGGGCCCCUUCUUAUAAAGAGUUGCGAUUAAUCCAAAUCAAUCGCAAGUCCUCCAAUCGAUCGCAAGUUUGCAUUCCCCUAUCUCUUAUGUUCAUAGUUGCGAUCAAUACCAACUCUUUAUUAGAUGGGGCCCUGAUCUUUUUGUCGUCGUCGAUUGCAGUCAUGACUGACCCUUUGCGACCCUAUUGAUGAUGACGUUCCACCCACUUCUAUCCUGGGCAUAGUGAUGAGCUGUGCAGAUGUUCAUGCCAGUUAUCUCUUUUAUUCCGUCAGCCCGUCGAACUUUUGGCCUACCACGUUUUCGUUGACCCUCAACAUGACCUUGGGUAAUGAUCUUCUCCAGGUUGUCACCUCCUCUCCUAGAAAUGUGUCCAAAAUACUGCAACUUGCUCUUAUUGAUCUUCUGGCAUAAGGUGACCUUCGCUCCCAUUUGUUUCGUGACAACAUUAUUUGAUUUAUGAACCUCCAGGAUAUCCUCAGCAUCCGCCACCAUCCCGAUAAUAACAUAAUAACAUAUUAUGUUAACAGCUUUAAAUUGGUACUAUAAUAAUUACCUAAUCAUGUGCAGAACAUGUGACACGUUUGCUUUCUUUUUUAUCCCCCCUUCCAAUCGUCGUCGAUGAUCAGUUGUGAGCGAAAUAACCUCGGGACUAGACAACUACCUUCAUGAAAACUUAUCCCAUGGACGUUUGUAUUCCGGACAACUACCACUGGUCAGUUAAAACCCUAGAUCGACAACCAACCCGACAAAUACUACAGUAGGACCAUUUACCAUAGCGGACUAUUACCCACUGCCCACUCGAUAUAGUACAACUACGACUACGACUACGACUAUGAUUACGACACGUACAAUUCUCUGAGCCCUGUUCUCUAAAUUAAUGACACCGACUCAUAGUUGCUUUCAAUUACAAUUUACAUUCUCCCCAAACAAUUUUCACAGAUUAUGUAGAGUUAUGCAUAGUAUGCUGAUGUGCAAUUUAAUGUUAAAAGAUUUAAACAUUUGAUUCUUUCUAGUCUCGAGAUAAAGUAAGGGAAUGUGCAUAUUUAAUUAAUGGCCCAAUCUGUGGAAGUUUAUGUCUAAUUAUUUGUGGAAUUUAUGUUUAUAUUCAAACAUUAUUUGUGGACAUUUAUGUAUAAAUUGAUAACGCUGCGCUCUCACAAUGUAUUUUAUACCGUGUAGUAUUUUGCCUUUAUUGACAUUAAUUUGUAUUAUGGCAUAGAAUUCUCGCAUAUUGCUGCAAUAACAGUAUGAUUAAUAUCUCCCUUUAGAUGUAUUUAUUUACGUGUAAAUAUCCUCUCUGAAAGAACUCCCCGCAGGAAAAUAAUGUGUAUGUAUUAUUUGUUUUAUAACUGCAUGUAUUAUGAAGUAUUGCGUAAAUUCAUUUAAAGGCACAUUUUCGCUAAUAAAAUCCCAAUCCUCGAUAUAAGUAAAAGAUAAACAAUGGUCUCAUAAGAGGCAGGCCGUAAUGCUUGGGAUUUAUUCGAUAUUGCAGGUGGCAACAACGAAAAUUUAGGAUAUUCAAUCAUUUGCAGCAAACGAUCGGCUCUGGUAAUAGUUAUGAUCUCUCCUUUCAGAUGAAAAUUUGUUUAACAUUGGCAUUAUAUCACGAUGGUUGACAUGUCAAGUACAUUGUAUAUAUUUUGUUAUUUAUUGACUCCAUCAAAACAAAUCAGGUGCAAUACAAUUUGUAAAUAAACCGAACAUCUUUUGAAUA